AUGUCCCAGUUACGAGACAAAACAAGAGGUAUGUCCCAGUUACGAGACAAACAAGAGGCAGACACACAGAUUGACAAGGAGAGGCAGGUGUUCUAUGAUGCUUCCCUGGAGUAUGUCUUCAAGAUUCAGGAGGUCCAAGAGAAGAAGAAGUUUGAGUUUGUGGAACCGCUGCUGGCCUUCCUGCAGGGUCUGUUCACGUUCUACCACGAAGGAUAUGAGCUCGCUCACGAGUUUGAGCCUUACAAACAACAGCUCCAGUUCAACCUGCAGAACACGAGGAACAACUUUGUGAGUACGAAGCAGGAGGUAGAGAAACUGAUGAAGAGAAUCAGAUCAGCUGAUCAGGACUACAAACCUCCAGGGCAGUGGACCAUGGAGGGUUUCCUCUACGUCCAGGAGAAACGGCCGCUGGGAUACACGUGGACGCGACACUACUGUACGUAUGAGAAGAGCAGCAAAGCCUUCACCAUGACCACCUUCGAAACCAAAUCAGCUGGCAAACAG